UCCAAGUAAUGAAGACGUUGGUCACAUUUCUGCGGUUGGAAUAAGGAUCUUUUUGUAUAACACGUUUGUGUGGAGAGGACGGUGAGCAUCAGUAUGAACCGGAGAUGUUGGCUCAUGGUUUUAUUUUGAAGGCUGGAACCGAACCGGUAGUUCGUCUUCUUUGUUCUCGUAACUAGCUCGGGACAGAGCUGAACGUUUCGGUCGACCAGGCAGGCGGACCUUCCCCUCGGUCUCUGCUGGUUAGUAGUGCCAUUAAAGGAGACCAACCUGUCGUCAGUUAGCCCUGUCUUGAAACUGACUUUAUAUAAUAAGGAGAAACACGUCGGCGUGUUGACAGCACAGUGUCCACAAAUUGAGGAACUUGGUCUGUGUGUCGACUUAAUCUGAUGCUAACACGAAGGGCUAGCUGCGGUCUGCCACAGAAACUCAAGCUAACGUCGCUGAAGGUAUGAAGAGUGGAUUAAUAGGGUACGGAAGACUCUGAAAAGUUGAGCAAGUUUUCCAAGCAAUUGCCUUAACAUUAGCUGGGUGACGUUUAAACUCAACCUCGGUGAGGUUAACCCAUUCACCUGCAACUAGCCAGUGCUAACCUGCUGACUGGGCAUAUCUGGAAGAAAUGUUGAGUUAUUGAGAGCAACCCUGGCAGCUCCAAAGGUUGCCAGAUGAAACCAAAGACAUGUAGACCAGAGGCCUGAUGAGUAAACGCUGUCAUUGCAUCAAGAGCAUUGUCAGUUAUGUAAGGAGGGCUCAGUCCUUGUUUCAGUUGAACUGCUUCCUCACACCCACAGGUGUGUCUGUGGCCUCAGGACGUCAUUUUGUCUAGGCCUGUGAACAAGUAUUACAACUUCACCACUGAACUGGUAGUACAUGCACGCCUUUCCGGUAAACUCACAGAGUUGCCUGGCCAACGUCAGGAGCUGAAAAGUGUCUGCUGAUUUUAAUCAAACUGCAACAAGCUCCUUUAGAGAGAAUGACCGCUAUGGUGAGCAGAGCAUGGGGGUGGGUAGUGGGCUUAAGGAACAGCAGUGUUGUGUCAGAGAAUACCACAACAGUGACAGCCAAGGGCCAGAAGAAUGGCUCUGGCGGACAGGGCCUCAGGGGGUGGACUUCUUGGAUCUGGGGAGGAUGGAGAAAUCAGAAAGACCAAAGCAGUCCCGUAGAGGAGUUCUGGGAAGCACAGGAGAAGCUUCAACCAAUGGAAAUUGAAGAUCUCGGUGCAGGGAAACAGGAGACAGAUGCAGGUUCAGAUCAAGUUCCAAGAUGGUGGAAUAAAUAUCUGCCAACUUCCUACUUUUCAUGGCCAAGACAAACUGAACCCAAUGGACUGAGACAAAAGGAACGUGAUGGUCGAAGUGGAGGUGCGCGAGACUGUGAUAUUGAUGGGGACUUUUCUGACUAUGGAACACCUCCACCAUCUCCUACACCUCCUUCCUCUCAGCUGACUUCUCCUUUUCGACUCUUCGCGCAAAGCUGGAAGGUGGAAAUUCUCCCAGAGCACUACGAGAUCUGUUUCAACUUCCUCCGCCACCUGUUUGAUCUGUUUGUUGUUGGCUUCCUGUGGACUGUGUCCCCCCCUGCCAAGCUGAUCCUGGAGGUGCUGGGGGUCCAGGGAGCACUGAGGCUGUGGUUCCAUGGUAUGGCCAUGUUUUUUGUCUCCACAGUUGGAAUGGCAGGAUUACUCUGGUUGAUCCAGGAGUAUCUCCCUCAGUUUGCGUUGAUCUAUGGCAUCAUCCAGGCGCUGGUGAUCUCUGUCAGUGUUCGACAGAGUGUGAUCCUCGGCAUAGAGGAAGAAAAAGAGGAAAAGGGGGAGGAGGGCAAGGAGACGGAAGAAAUGAAAGACAGCAGGGAACAUAAAGAAAAGCUUAUGUCUGUUAAGGACAAAGUGAAGACAAGUUAAAUUUAAGGGAGUGCAACUUCAGUGGCACUGCACCAACCGAAGACCACCAACAGCAUCACACACCCACCACACGUCACUGUACUGUGUUCUCCUGAUGGGCUGUUUUUGAAGAGAGCUGUGUGUUUUCCACAGACAGGAAGAAGCUGCUGUGGAUUCAGGAGUCCAGCAAAAUGAGUCCAGCUGUAUCAGACCUCCUCCUGCAGGACUGCACAGGGACUGUUCACUACACCACUGUGUUCUGCAGUGUCACUUAAGAAUUGUAUUGCACAUUCAUUACAAACUAAGUUUUACUCAUGUCACUUUAUGUUCAAUUCUAUUGAUCUGCAUUUUAGAGACAUCUGUCCUCACGUGAUCUUAAUGUUGUCAUCAGAAUGUUAACACUGAUAGCAGUACAAAGUUUAGUAUCAGUAAAAUAUACUACCAGUUAUAUGGUCAGUAAUAACGGGCCAUGAAUGUUCAAGAAAUGCCUUUAAGUCAGUAAGAAAGAAACAGUAUUUAGGGAUACUGUGGUCACAUUUGAUUUGUUGUCCUGAGGGACUACUUUUCUCAUGAUUCACCAUGAGACAGUCACACGGUUUGGGACCGGGUGAUUGCCUUUGGUGCAUUGUUUGCAAGAGAAAAUAAAUACAUUUAAACCAAAAACAACCAAAAUGCACAGCCUGAAUUAACAAAUAAACAAAUGCAAUCCACUACAAACCACUGCAUUAACAAAAACAAACAAAACUCUGUGUGCUUACGAGUAAAUACUGUAGGGGACUGAAAGAAGUUAUUCUUCCACACAGAGGAGUUUGAGGAUGGGCUCCAGUGAGUAAAAGGCAGAGAAGAACAUUUGGUGCUACAGUGCUUUAGUGCUCCUGAAAAUUGGGUCAAAGGGGCCCGAAAUGCCGUUUAAAAGAAUAAAAUUGUAACUGACUGUAAUUCCACAGCAGUCAGGGAAACAGCUCCUGAUGUUUGGUCUAUCCACAAUCUGUGUUUACUCUAUUUGGGGUAAACAUUAAAAGUCAUUAAAUUCUUUAGUCUAUAUUGAGUCUAAUUGGAGUGCAGUUUUAAGCUAUGCAUUUGCUGCUUGGUGCCGUCUCUAGCGGGCUACAAUAACUUCUCUUGAAUAGGCCCAUCAUCUGUUGUUCAACUUUAACCUACAAACUUACACAGUUGACCUUUAGAAACACUGCACUGUAUGUGGAAAUGGAGAGCAGUUAUCUCAACACUAGGUGUCACUUAGUUUUGUACAAUUUUACACACCAGGGGCCAUUUGUAUAAAACUGUGUAGAUUUACGACUAAAACUGUGUGUGUGCACAGAGGCAGAAGUAUGCAUACACAGAUUUAUAGAACCGUGUGUACGCCUGAUUGUGUUUUAUAAAACUCCAAUCAUUGUGCUGGGCACACGAGCACAAGCGUCAUUCCCACACCCACAGUUAACCAUUAAUGAACGUAGAAACACCUUCCACAUGUGUCUGCAUAUUGACAGUCAUGCCUCCCACCAUCAUUCCACCUGUUUGUGAGAAAUACAGUAAGGAAAGAAGAGUUUCACUGACUGUAAAGUCAUCAGUGAAGCUUUCCACCAGGGCCAGAGCAGCUGUCAUUACACACAGCAGUGGAUAUUUGUAGUGUCUGUAUCACUAAUUCAUCACUUUUUUUCUGCAAAUCAUUGUUGCAGUGAAAUCUCAGUCAGUAUUAUUAUUACAUCAUUACAUUAUUACAAUCAGUGAUUCAUUCAGAGUGCUCAGGUUCAAACUGACUCUCGAAAAUGUUCCACAUGGUCAAAUUAAACGAUCACUAACAGGGAAAAGAGUGGAAAUAAAAAAUAAUGCAGAAAUGUAUCACUCUAACUCAUUUAAUAUAACCCUUUUUAAAUGUGCCUUUGUCAUUUUACAGAAUGCUGUGUAAACUGACCCCCCCCCCCCAAAAAAAAAUAGUUAAGAUGGCAAACCUUAAAACAUAGUUUUAAGUUUCUUAUUUUUAAUCUCCUUAUGAUAUUACCUGCAGCUCUCAGCUACAACUGUGUGUGCUUUCUUCCUUUACAAAUACCAGUUUAUGUUUUGGAAUAGGCGUGUGCCUGUUUUUUUUGUGGACACAUUGUUUGUACAUCUGGCCCCAGGUCUGCUUUUUAUGGAGAGGAGGAGACCUCUGUGUGUAAUUGGGCUCCUGGUAAAAACCUCCUGAACAAGGAACACUGAGGGAACUUAAUCGGGAGAAGAUUCAGCUGGUUGCAGUCUGCAGUCCUCACCGUGAGACCCCCCCCCCCCCCCAGUCUUACACACUGUUACCUCAGUUCUUUAGUCUAAUUAGAGUGCACUCUGAAGCAUACACUGCAAUGACUGUCUGCUCUGCUCUGGGUUUGUCUCUGUCCACCAUCUUUGUCUUUAAGGCACAGUCGCAACACGUCUCCCCAGCAAACAUUCCUUCCGUCCUUAAUAUCAUUCAGCUGAAGCUUGCAAAGCAGACACAUUUAAGCAGGCAUUUCCUGUUUGGAGCCGUCUCAAGCAGGCAGCAAUAAACUCCCUUGAAUAAACUCAUCUGCUGUUCAACUUUAACCUACACAUGUUCACAGGUGACCUUUACAAACUCUACACUGUAUGUGGAAAUGGAGAGCAGUUAUCUUAACACUGUGUUGUCACCUAGUGUUGCACUGUAUUACACUCCAGGACUACAGACUGCCAUAUUAUUCUGUUUACAUCAUCAUGCAGCUUUAUAUGACUUGUAUCCUACAUUACACCUGUAACUUCCUUUCCAUGUCCAGGGCAGAGUGCAGGUCAUUGUGUUAAACAGAGGGCUGACUUUGCUGACUUUACUGGAGCCAAUAUCCAAAUUCGGUCGAUGGUGGGAAGCCUUUAAGAGAUGGGCAAGUAGUAACCAACACUGCUGACCAAUUUACUGCUUUAGAGAGCUGUCAACAAGCACACAGACUACAAAAUACCACUUUAAAGCCAUCCCAUCUCUUUAACUCAGCAAUGCCCUCAAAUGUAAUGCAGAUAUAGAUUGUGUGUUUUGAGACCCAAGAUGAAUUGAAUGCACUAGUUGGUUAAAUGGUUGCUAUUUUUCUUGGAGUAAACCUCUGAUAGCUAUGAGGAAAUGGAUUCAGCACUCAGCUGGGAUGACUGCUUCUGGCACUCACUUCUAAAUAAAUAUAACAUUCAUCAUU